AGUAUUUCGUGCUCUUUCACUGAAAUGGUUGAAAUACACAUACACUUUUGUUCACUAGUUGUUUUGCUUGCUCAUUAUGCAGAAGCUGGCAAGAUGGUCAAGCGGCUGAAAAAGAUGCUGCAGACAGCCGAAAGCAAGCCGGAGGAACCGGUGAUUGCUUGCACAAAGGUGGACAUUGGCGGUGGCACGCUGGUUGACGAGUCAAUCAUCAACCAGUUGUGCCGAGCCUGUGACAGUGGCAGUGGCCCUGGCAAAUUUGCCAGGGCACUUUUGCGCCACGUUUUCCCUGAAGAAGAGUUGCGGGGCAAGUCCCUCUUUGGAGGGAAAAGCUGCCUUCGGGGGGAGACGCGACAAAAGGAGGCCCUCGAUCCCACACGUGUAGAGGCUGUGAUAGGUGCGUACACUAUUGGAUUACAGUGA